AUGCGACAUCUUUUCCGACAACUAUUCUCUCAUUCCUCGCGCCCAUCAGUCAUGAAGCCCCUCAUCGCGGUCGUCGGUGCGACAGGUACUGGCAAAUCUAAGCUUGCAGUCGACCUGGCUUCACGUUUCAACGGCGAGAUCAUCAAUGGUGAUGCGAUGCAGAUGUACCGCGGCCUUCCGAUUAUCACGAACCAAAUCCCCCUUGAGGAACGUAACGGCGUUCCGCAUCACCUGCUCAGCUGUGUUGAGUUGAAAGAGGAGCCAUGGUGGAUUGGUAGAUUCAAACAGGAGUGCCUUCGACUGAUUGAUGAAAUUCAUGCUAAGGGAAAGCUCCCAAUCCUGGUUGGAGGUACACAUUACUACACACAAGCUGUGCUUUUUAACGAUCAGCUGCUCGAUUCAGAGCAAUUUCUCAGCGAUGAUGAUUCUGCCAUUCGUCAUGACAGUAGUGACAGGGACUCAUCUACCACGUGGCCCAUUCUCGAUGCUGCUCCCGAAGUUGUGUUGCAGAAACUCAAAGAAGUCGACCCGGUCAUGGCAGACCGAUGGCACCCAAAUGAGGCACGAAAGAUCCGGCGUUCGCUUGAGAUCUACCUACAAACCGGGCGACCCGCGUCCGAAGUCUACGCAGAACAAGAGCGGCUCAAACAGGCAGAUAUAAUGCGUGAUGGCUUAUCUCUCGGCGUGGGUCAGCUACGGUACUCGACGAUGAUAUUCUGGAUGCACUCGGAAAAGGCUGUGCUCAAUUGCCGCCUAGAGAAGCGCGUGGACUUGAUGCUUGAACAAGGGCUCAUGGAUGAAGCCCUAUGCAUGUCUAACUUCUUGCAGGAGCAGAAAGCACAGGGCGAUCUGGUGGAUCACACACGAGGAAUUUGGAUUUCGAUUGGCUAUAAGGAGCUGGCACCGUACUUCGACGCCCUCCACAAGAGUUCCAUGAGCGAUCUCGAAUUGGAGUCGUUGAAGAGUACCUGCAUUGAGUCGAUCAAGUCCGCAACGCGACAAUAUGCCGUGUCGCAGAUCAAGUGGAUACGAAACAAACUAUGGAGAGCUCUUGUGGAUGCUGGUGCGACCAAUCGUCUUUACCUCCUGGAUAGCACCAAUGUCGAGACAUGGAAGGAGACUAUCACAAAGCCAUCAGAGCUAUUAGUUCGAGCUUUACUCGAUGAUGACUCUACGCCUGAUCCAAAAUCGCUGUCGGAGCUUGCUAGAACCGUCUUGAGUGCGAAAGAGGCGCAACCCCGGAGAGAUUCUAACACCUCAAUGAAAUGUAUGACAUGCAACGUCUGCAACAAGACUAUGCAAGGCAGCGAGCAGUGGGAGAUCCAUAUUCAUGGAAAUGCACACAAGAGAGCCCUCAAAAGUGCGGCCAAAAAGGUCGCACGCGAAAAGUACUUCCGGGAACGACAUGAUGACCUCAGGGUGGGUAAUCAGCCACGAACCAGCGAACCCGAAACGGUGUCCGAAGAAGACGCAGUAUAA